AAUAAAAAAAAAAUCUCAAAGGAUACUUCCCAGAGAAGAUGCCUGCCGAUAUCAUGGAAAAAAACUCCUCUUCUCCGGUUGCCGCGACUCCGGCGAGCAUGAACACUACACCUGAUAAACCCAAAACGGCUUCUGAGCACAGAAAGUCUUCUAAACCUAUUAUGGAGAAAAGAAGAAGAGCGAGAAUCAACGAAAGUUUGGGUCAGCUGAAAACGCUAAUCUUGGAUGCUCUGAAAAAAGAUAGCUCCAGACAUUCUAAACUCGAGAAAGCGGACAUCCUGGAGAUGACAGUGAAACAUCUUAGAAAUAUGCAGCGGGCACAAAUGACCGCUGCCCUGAACACGGACCCCACCGUUCUUGGGAAAUACAGAGCUGGAUUCAGUGAAUGCAUGAACGAGGUGACCCGGUUUCUGUCCACCUGUGAAGGGGUUAACACCGAGGUCAGGACCCGGCUGCUAGGUCACCUAGCAGGCUGCAUGACACAGAUCAACGCCAUGAAUUAUCCAACACAGCACCAGAUACCUGCCGGGCCUCCUCAUCCAUCCUUCAGUCAGCCAAUGGUUCAGAUCCCCAGCGCGACUCAGCAAGCCAACGUUGUGCCUCUUAGCGGAGUCCCCUGCAAAAGCGGAUCUUCCUCCAACUUGACUUCUGACGCAACAAAAGUAUACGGAGGUUUCCAGCUUGUGCCGGCAACGGACGGACAGUUCGCCUUUUUGAUUCCCAACGCUGCCUUUGCUCCAAACGGUCCCGUUAUUCCAGUGUAUGCCAACAAUUCCAGCACACCGGUGCCGGUGGCCGUGUCUCCGGGAGCACCGUCCGUCACGUCAGAUUCCGUUUGGCGGCCUUGGUAGGCUAUACCUAUGGAAAGCAAAAAG